AUGAAAAUAUAGCAUCUUCUCAUUUAAUUGUUAAUAUUUACAACAGUCCAAACAAUCAGCUUUUAACUAUUAUUUGAUCCUUGGUCAUAAGAAAGAUUCGAAAGGAUAUCAAGAGAAAAUGCAAGAUUAUUUAACCCAUUAUUAUAAAUAUUGAAUAGAAUUGAUUUCAUUAGAGAAGCCCUUUCUAUUUUUGGAAUUCUAAGUUCAUUGAUUUAUUUAUUCGGGUAUAGAUAUCUUACUAUUUGAAGAUCUAAGUUUUUUGGGUAAAUGACAAUUAUGUGGUUAGUUUGUUAUUGGAUAAUAUUCUUUAAUUUCAAUAUUUUAAGGAGUGAAAGAUUUUUUGUAUAUGUAUUACCUGGAACAUUUGGAAUAUGUGCAUUUUCAAAUACACUCCUAAAAACAUUAUGAUAAAUUAAUAUAUAAC